UGAUGUGGGAUUUACAGUACCACGCACUGUAUAAUACAUUCUGAUGAAGGCAGCAGAACAUUCGCAAUGCAAUCUGAUAACACUCUUUUCUCCGCAAAACUGAACGUGAAGACCAUUGGUCACCUAAACAUAGUGGCACUCCAGGGGUUGAUGUGAUUGGGUAAACGCGCAUCCAUAAUGUUUUGUUAACAUCACUGCUACAGUGAGAAGCUCCGAGGAAGACGUAACGCUAGCUCGGUUGACGUAGUGGUGGUGGCCCGUGGUGCUCUUGCAAUGAUCACCACAUCUAUUUAUCUUGGUGAUUACAACUAGCCACUGGGAGUUGAUAUGAAGGCGGGGGCCUCAUCCAUGUGGGCAUCAUGCUGUGGUCUGUUGAAUGAGGUGAUGGGCACAGGUGCGGUCCGUGGGCAGCAGACGGGCUUCGGGACUGGUGCUGGGCCCUUCCGCUUUGCUCCUAGUGCCGGAUACUCCACAUAUCCCCCUACCAGCUCAGGGAGCCCCAGCCUGGUAUGCAAGGCCUGCGGGCAGGCUUUCUCCGUCUUCAGAAGGAAGUACAUGUGCUGCGACUGCAAAGACUUCUGCUCGCUGUGCUCGGUGCUGCAGGACAACCUGCGGCGGUGCGCCACCUGCGACCUGCUCCAGGCCACUGCCUUCCAGCGGCCGCUGCUCAUGCGGCUGCGCGUCAAGGACCUGCGUCAGUACCUGCUGCUGCGCAACAUCCCCACCGACACCUGCCGCGAGAAGGAGGAUUUGGUGGACCUGGUGCUGUGCCACCAGGGCGCCGAGAGCGACGUCGAGGAGGAGGACGAGGAGCCCGACACGCCCACGCUGCAGUCGCGGCCGCUCUAUGACCCGCCGCUGCCGCCACCGCCACCCUCGGUCCUGGAGCCCCCCGCAUCCACCUCCUCCCCCCAGAUCUCCCCCGUUGCCACGUCUCAGGGAGAAGCCAUCAGCAGGAGCAACAGCUCAGGGUCCACCAAUCAGGACAUAGGAGAUGCCACCUCCCUGUCUCUCCUUAACCUGGAGCCUAGUGACCACACCCCUGAGGUGAGUCCGCAGACACGCCGGCGUGCGCGGGCCUCCCUCUCGGACCUGUCCUCGCUGGAGGACGUGGAGCGGCUGUCGGUGAGGCAGCUGAAGGAGAUCCUGGUGCGCAACUUUGUCAGCUUCUCGGGCUGCUGCGAGAAGUGGGAGCUGGUGGAGCGCGUCCGCCGGCUGUACCGCGAGAACGAGGAGAACCGCAAGUCCAUGGAAAAUGUGAACAGUGCCAUCACUGCCGUGGUUGCCUACCCCCCGCCAAUCUGCAAUGGUGGAAUCGGAGAUGCUGUGCAGUCUCAGCUGGUCACUGAUGAGAACCUGUGCCGGAUCUGCAUGGACGCUGUGAUCGACUGCGUCCUCUUGGAGUGCGGACACAUGGUCACCUGCACCAAAUGCGGCAAGCGCAUGAGCGAGUGCCCGAUCUGCAGGCAGUACGUGGUGCGGGCCGUGCACGUCUUCAAGUCCUAACCCACCCUGCAUCGGACCCAAGCAUUCCUAGGGGGGGAAAACAACAUUAAUGACGACAACAACAACAAUACACUGAACGCACAAACUAAAAAAAACAAUCGCACUCGGCACAACCAUUACAUGCACACAUAAUUAAACAUGUACCAUCCAACGUCCACCGGCAGGUUUAAACUCCUGAAGCUUCAGACCCUCCUGUGGCCCUGGUGGUGAGCCUGUGGAAAGGACCUCAUCUGUCACGUGCUGAAGUGUCAUUUUUCUUCCAAAACCAAGAGGUUCUAGCCAGAGACUGAGAAGCGCCUGUCUCUCAGAAAUGGCCGUGAGACUAAGGUUUGCAGUUUGCAGUGGUGUGGCAAUGUCUUUGACAUUGUCCUCUGUGGGCUCUAGGCAAACGUUCAGAAGAAGGGAAGAGCUUACCUGCUCCAGGGGGGAGGUGUGUGCGUUUUUAUAGGUGGCCUCGCAUGUGUAACACUGUGUUAACUCUGGUAACGUUGGGGCUAGUCGUGAAACGUCUCUUACUCUGUUGUGUUUGUCCAUGAAACAGCGGGCAUGCAACACGUAACAUGAUUCAGGUACACCUGUUGGUUUCAAGGAUAUUCAUGCCCCAUGUAUGUGAAUUUAGGUUCUCUCUUUGGUUUCAGACUCCUACGUUGUGUUUGUUUGUUUUUCUGUUUUCAGUUCAUCCAUUUCAUGGCAGUCUGAGUUUAAAUGCGCUGGCAGAAGAGAUGUUGACAUUGCUAUUGAUCCAGACGUUGUGUAGCCUGUUGAAUGGCCGCAGUCUGGUUUGUGGUUGUGUGGAAGGGAUGGACCAGGGAACAUUCUGGAACAUUUUUGGGAGAGGGAUCGUUUUUAGCGACGGCAUGGGUGAAGUCUAUUUGUGACGGGAUUUCGUGCCAAAUCUCUGUGUGGUAGUGCCAUUGGUGGUUUGUGUGUGUGUGUGUGUGUGUCUGUGUCUGUGUGUGCGCAGUCAUCACACACCAUUCUUGUCCAGCAUGUGUCCCAGCAGCAGUCAUUGAGCCAUCUUCUCCUUGUUGUCCCUGUCUGAAUGCUGGUGCUAGAUCCCAGACAUGCUGCCUCAGUGGCUGCAACACGGAUACCGUUUCUCAUCAGAGCUCUUACUGGACUCCGUGUGUAGCCAAUCAGAAUGCAUUGUUGUUUAUUUCUGUGCUGAGCCAGACUUGACCUGGCUGGACUUUUUUUUUUUUUGGACAGCAUCUUCAUGUGUUCAUGGGGUUAUUCACUCCUGGGUCCAGCUCAUGAAGGCUCAACACUCAACAAGAUAUUCCAGAUGUCGUAUCUGAAACAUGAUGCUCUUGGAGGAGGGAAGCUUUAAUGGACACAAAAGCCCCUCUCAAAUGGCUUGUCACCAUCUCUGCUGUAGACUGUAGUAAGGUGAGACGAUCUUAUGCCAGAUCAGUAUCCCAGUCCAAUGUCAUUAUUGUCGUGAUCCAGUUAAUACAGUCUCUCCGUAGGGUGUAACUAGACAUCAUGUUAUUCCAGGGAUAGUCAUACACUACAGUCCUGAUAUUGGUGUCUCUGAACUUUUUUUUUUUUUUUAAAUAGAAGACCUAGAGCCUAGAGCCUAGACCAAGAGAUUGCCUGUUUUUUAUGCAUAGUCUAUCUUUCUGAUGCCAGCGUAUCUGGGGGGACAGGUGGAUGAGAAUUUGUUCUCCCAGGAUUAAAAAAAAAAAAAUAAGAGGGGUCGUCCACAACCAUUACAUGUCACAUGGAAUGAAAAUAGCCUGUGCGGAGUCAAGCGAGUGUCAUGUGAUCAGUGUAACACUGACUCAGAGGUGGUGACACUUGUUUUGGGCAUUUGAUGAAGCCCUGUCCUCACAUGCCCCAUCCUAUGCCAUUCACUCAGAAUAUGCAGCUGAGCUCCUUGGUUCUUUGGCCCCAGUCAGUUCCCUUCAGGGAGGGAAGUCAUUGUAGUUCUCUUGCUUCUCCAUUAUGUCCCAGCGCGGCCAUUUUGCUGAAGAGGGUUAUCAAUAGGGAGAAGAGAAAGAAAGACACCACGUGUGAGCGUGUCUCUUGGUGUUGUGAAUCCACCAAGCAGCCAAUCGUAAUGGUCGGUUCUUCUCUGUAUUGCACGAUCAUGGCAAGCAAGCAUGAGACGUUAUGUAGCAUUUUUUUUAGGGUUUUUUGUGAAUGGCUUUUCAAAUGUUUGUCUUCAUCUCUUCGCAACAUUCUCCCCACCCCAUCAAGCCAGGGCAGCAAUAUCAGCGUGUGUCAAGCGUUUAGAUUCCACGGGACGCAAGUUGAGGCAGGAGAAAGGUCGUCGGUGACCGAAGGAACACCGGUGCUACACAGAUAAGGUCCAGAUAUCAGCCCCUCGUCCGUUUGGCCCUUUCGCUUUGCUGUGAAUCCUUAAUCCCACCAUCCGUGUACUUCUCCAGCACUCCUGAGGUUUUUUUUCCCAAAGGGAAAGGAUUAAUAUGUUAUGUUCUCUUUUGUGUCCUUUCAUGCAUUGAUAUACCUGUGCUGACACACACAGAACUAACAAAUCAAAGAUAUAUGCAGGUGUGACUGCACAUUUCUAACCCACCCCAGUGGUGAUUUAAUUGUAUUAAGAAACUAAAAAAAGAAUCAUAAUAAUGUGGUAUGAUUGCAUAUGGUGUUCCAUAUUAUAACUAAUAAUGAGAUGUAUAUAUCUAUAUAUUUUAAUUUUUUGCUUUGAAUGUUGAAAUAUAUGACUUGUAUUAAUUAAAGAAAAAUAUAUAUACAGUUUUUUUAUUUCUUAUUUUUUUGAUUCUCUUAAAUGAGGUGGGGUGAUUGAGUUUGCAUCAUAGCCAAAAACCUACUCUUAUGAUGAGUCGAUUAGACUUAUGAGAGAGAAAAAGAAAACUCUUGUUGUCUAACCAGUAGACUGACAGCAUGACAACUCACCGGUCACUUUAGUAUGUUCAGAAAGGUUUGCAUGGUGAACACAUCAACAUUUUAACGGGGCCUUGCUGUUAGGUUGUCCAAACAGUAGCCUAUUACAAGAGUGAAAUUAUCAUUGAACAAAAAUGGCAAUGAACAAAUUUGACUUGGUCCUAUAUGUAAUGAACUAUGUUGAAAAUGCUAAAACACGAAUGUCUAUUGAUGGUGUCA